UCGGGGAAGGAACAGGAGAGGGCAUGGGUCAGGGUGCUGGGAGGGGAUGGAGUUUCACUCAAAUUGGCACACACUUUCUAGUUCAGUUUCAGGCAAUGAAGUGAACAUAAGUCCAGGUCGUCGAUUCAUGAUUGAUCUUCUGGUGGGCAGCUUGAUGGCUGCUGGAGGGUUGGAGUCAGCCUUACACGCAGCCAUUACUGCGGAGAUCCAGGAUAUUGAAGCCAAAAAACAAGCACAGAAGGAAAAAGAAAUUGAUGAACAGGAAGCAAAUGCCUCAGCAUUUCAUAGAAGCAGGACUCCAUUGGAUAAAGACCUUAUUAAUACGGGGAUCUGUGAGUCUUCUGGCAAACAGUGUUUGCCUCUGGUUCAGCUCAUACAACAGCGUCUUAGUCAAUGUGAAAGAAUGGUGAGCAUUGUUUUGGAAGGCCCGACUAGGAGGAGGUGGGAAGAAGUCAGACUCAGCCUGUGAACAGAGACUAACUUUGGCAGAAGCCAAAACAGUCAGACAGUGUUGUCUAAAAAUGAUCAUUCAAGAAGAGUGAAAAAACAAGGUGAUUUGUGAGAGAGAUUUAUUAGAAAAUGAAACACAUUUGUACCUCUGUUUAAUAAAAAUCUGCUUUUUGUCA